AUGAUUGUAAACUUGAUACUCGGAGUUCUGCUCGCCGCUGGCCCAGCACGCUCCUCUCUUGACGUACAGCUCCCUUCUGGUACUUUCACGGGACAAAACAUCAAUGGCUUGGAUCGUUGGCUGGGAAUACCAUUCGCUCUUCCGCCGGUGGGCGAUCUAAGGUUCAAAGCUCCGGUUCCUGUCCCUACGAAUUCCUCCCGGGUCCAACGCGAUGCCACGACCUUCGGGAACGCUUGUCCCCAGCCUCCCGGUGAUCUUGGCGCCAGUGUUAGUGAGGACUGUCUCUUUCUCAAUAUCUGGAGGCCAGAGGAGAUCAAUAGUAAGGAAGGACUUCCCGUUUUGUUUUGGAUCCAUGGCGGCGCAUAUACCAACGGCGCAGCGUCAAGUCCUUCUUUUGACCCUACCCGUAUCCUGAACCGAAGUAUCGAAAUCGGAAAACCUAUUUUGUUCGUCUCUACGAAUUACCGGCUCAAUACCUUUGGCUUUCUGUCUAGCGCCAACGUCCCUCCGGAAGACCUCAACGCAGGUUUGUUGGAUCAGCGGCAAGCCCUAACAUUCGUUCAUGAGAAUAUACGUGCUUUUGGCGGCGAUCCGUCCAAGGAAAUAUAUGAACAGGUCACGAUUUGGGGACAGUCCGCUGGUGCCGGAAGUGUCGAAGCCCACUUUGUGUUCCCUGCCUCUUUCGCGCUCUUCCGGGCUGGAAUCGCAGACUCAUCGACAGGACCCUUCAAAAACUCCCCAAAUGCCAGCACAUAUGAUAAACCAGGGAAACCGUUUGACAGAUUGCUCACGCAGACGGGCUGUGCUGUCGGUUCAGGAUCUGUGGAGUGUUUGAGGAAUGUACCUUUUGAGACCUUGAUGAGUAUCAGUAACACGAUGAUUGCGAAUACGCUCAAUAGUCAAUUAUGGCAACCCUCCGUCGGACCACCAGGCAGUUUUGUCCCAGAGCGAGCAUCAACUAAAAUUCAAAGGGGUGACUUCCUACACCUCCCCUACAUUGGCGGUACAAAUGUGAACGAAGGAGCCACCUUCAGCGUCAGCUUACUCGGCCUCAACAUUUCUGCCAGCGAUGAAGAUGCAGCUUUUGACAACUUCGUGAAUCACCUCGUGAUUGACAACAGCACUCUUACCCCAGAUCUGUUCGCGGAACUCCACCAACUAUGGCCGGCCAAUGAUUCUUCUCUCGGAGCGCCAUUCAACACAGGAGAUUCCCUUUUUGACAGGGGAGAGGCGUGGUAUACCGACGAAAUGUUCCUAUCCCCAAGGAGAUUAUUCUUUGAACACGCGAGUUCAUUGCAGCCGAUGUAUGCUUAUUACUUCAGAGAGUUCAUACCAGGGAACAAUCCGGUAUUUGGCGUAUCGCAUGCGUCGGAGUUGCCCUUGCUUUUCGGACCCGUGCCUACGGAUGUGGAGGAUGUGUUCGCCAAUCAAAUGCUGGACUUUUAUAUCAAUUUUAUUUGGGAUCUCAAUCCCGGAAGUGAGCGUGCCUGGAAACGGUAUACACCGACGUCAAAACAUGUCUUGCAGCUCCUGCGAAACAACAUCACCAUGAUUCCCGAUGAUUGGGAUGUGGACAAGACGGACUUUUUGAAUUCGCCGUUUGUUUUGAAUGAGUUUGAGAAAUGA